AUGACCGGGGACUUCAGAAGCAUGGUGGGCUGCAGUGGCUCCAACGAAGUCUUUCGAGGCGUCCUCGAUGGCAGCACAGUGGUCGCCAUCAAGCGGAUCACCAGCAACAAGCCCGUCGAUGAGGCCGACUUCCUGAGAGAGGUCUCCAUCAUCGCAAGCGUGCACCACUACAGCCUGGUACGCCAGUACCUGGUGUACCCGUUCUUCGAGCACGGGUCGCUGGAAUGGUGGCUGUUCAACGGCGAGGAAUGGCGGCGCCUCCUGCCAUGGCUGGCGCGGCGACGCAUCACCGUUGACGUCGCUAGAGCGCUCCCGUACCUCCACCACAAUUGCCACCGGCGUAUCGUCCACCUUGACAUCAAGCCGGCCAACAUCUUCCUCCCGUUUCGUGAGUCUGAUGCCAACCAAGCACGCCACCGGAGAGGAAUUGAAUCCGCCUCGGUCCUAGGCUCCCGGCUUCGAGAUUGA